GCGAGGGCAUGGUGGCCACAUUUUACAGAACAUGGGGAACCUGAGGUGAAAGUAGGCACAGUGUAGUAAACAGAGCUGACUACUUAGCAGAGUUGGGGGGAAUGGAGCUGAUGAGGGGCAGAGUGAGUGGAAAUGGAGGUACCCAAGUUGUAGAGUAUGAUUAACGGGAGGAGAGUGGGACAGUGUUAAGGAAUGUAGGGGAAUGUGGGUUGAGUGUGAAGCCUAGAACCUGGGUCCCAUCUGUCUUUUGUGUGUCCCCAGUCUCUCUCUCCCUACAUCCCUUUCUGAGAUUUCUGGGUUUCUCCCUGUCUGUAUCUCAUUCCACCUCUGUGUACACAUCAGUAUCUUUCUUUUUCUUUGUGUGUGUCUCUAACAGAGCUGGCACUGGGGAAGAUGGUGAGGUGCCCAGCCUUCUGGCUUCUGUGUUCUGGAAUCUUUCACUUAGAUCUUGGCUCAUAGAGCCCAGAGUUCCAGAAUGCUCCGAGUUCUCAACACUGUAGAGUGGGUCUGGAGUGAGGAGUCAGUGAGGAGAGCUUGUGGGUGUCAUCAUGCAGGCCUGGGGCACUGUAGUGGUGACCCUGGCCAUGCUAAUGGCUGCCACUGUGGAUGCCAAGAUCUACGAACGCUGUGACCUGGCAAUGAAGCUGCAAAAGGCGGGCCUGAAUGGCUUCAAGGGCUACACCAUUGGAGACUGGCUGUGCAUGGCACACUAUGAGAGUGGCUUUGACACUUCCUUCGUGGAUCACAAUCCUGAUGGCAGCAGUGAAUAUGGCAUUUUCCAGCUGAACUCCGCCUGGUGGUGUGACAAUGGUGUUACACCCACACAGAACUUCUGUCACAUGGAGUGUCAUGACCUGCUCAACCGCCAUAUUCUGGAUGACAUCAUGUGUGCCAAGCGGGUAGUGUCCUCACAGAAUGGUAUGGCUGCCUGGGAUUCUUGGAUCCAGCACUGUUUUGGCCAUGAUGUAUCUGAAUGGCUCAAGGGAUGUCGUCUGUAUGCAAAACCUGACACAAGAAAAAUUAAUUCGUGACUCGGAUUCCCAGAGAUAGAGAUUUUAUCUUCCUUUCUGUUCUUUCUUUGGUGGAUUUAAUAAAGGAUGAUAUCUAUAAACAAU